UUUUUUCUCGAAGAACAACAUCAUACACAAAAAAUAAUGUAUACCAAGACAUUGCAGCUUUAAAUUUAAUACAUGUGUGGUGUUGCUAUUUGUAAUUUCUGCUCUGUGUCAUCAUUUCACGUGUAAAAGCUGCGAAGCGUUAUAUACUUUGUUUGGAGUUUAUUGUCACUUUUACUAACAAAAGACAACUAUGGUUCCCAGGAAUUUUCCUUCUGUUGAAAGAGACCCCAAUAAAAGAAAAGUGAAACCUGUGGAUCCAGUAGAUCAACAGUGUGUACUAGAUUUUGAUGAAGAAAGUUCUGAUGAUAGUGAUUUUCGUAUUGAAGACCAUCCGGAAGUCAGUGAUGAUGAUGAUUCUCUGGACAGUCAAGCAGAAGAUGCUGCAAGUAGUGAAGACAAUGAAAAUGAAUCUGAGGAUUCAGACUCUGAUCUGGUAACAAGUCAACCUAAAACAAAUGGAAUUGAUUCUUCUAUAGCAAAUAUCCCACUACAGGAUACAAUAAAAUCUAAAAUAAAGUUUGAUGAACAUGAUGCACAAAUAAUGAUAUGUUGUGGUUGUCUUGGUGAUCAAAGUGAUGGAGUCAAUGAGAUUGUAGAAUGUGAUGGCUGUGGCGCUACUGUACAUGAAGCUUGUUAUGGAGUUUCCGAUUCCAAUAGUCUGGCUAGUACAGAUUCAGUAUCACCAACCACUCCUUGGUUUUGUGAAGCUUGUAAAGCAGGUAUUACAGAACCAAUUUGUGAAUUGUGUCCAAAUUCUGGGGGCAUCUUCAAAGAAACAGAUGUUGGAAAGUGGGUACAUCUUGUGUGUGCUCUGUACGUUCCUGGUGUGGCAUUUGGAGAAGUGGACAAAUUAACUAGCGUGACAUUAUUUGAGAUGCCUUAUAAUAAGUGGGGAGCAAAAACAUGUUCACUAUGUGAAGAUGAACGAUUAGCAAGGACUGGAGUCUGUAUAGGAUGUGAUGCAGGGAUGUGUCGAACAUAUUUCCAUGUUACAUGCGCUCAAAAAGAAGGUUUCCUGUCUGAAGCUCAUUCAGAAGAAGUCGAUCAAGCCGAUCCAUUUUAUGCUCAUUGUAAAUUACAUUCAGAUAAGACCUUAGUAAAAAGGAGGAAACGAAAUUAUAUGGCAUUACAGCUCAGAACGGAAUUCAGAAAAUAUCAGUUUUCCCAGGAAGGUCAUAAGGAUACACCUGAACAAGUGAGGAUUAAAAGAAAAUUAGAGAAGCAGAAAAUACACUACUUGAGUCAUAAGGGAUUGAAACCGCCGCCUUGGGUGCCCACACAGAAAAUGCCUCGAUUGCUCACAACCAGUGCGUCAGCUUGUCGUAGACUUCUAAGAAAAGCAGAGCUAAUGGGUGUUAACACCGUUGUCAUGGAAAUGCAGGAAUUACAAUCUGCAGCUUUAGUUGACAUAAGGAAAAAAUGGCACAUUCCCCCCGCAUUUUCUGUAGAAUUCAUAGCCUAUUAUUUAGAUAGAAACGAUAGGUUGAGAGAAAUGAAGAGAAGUGUUGAAAAUUACAUGGAUGAAAAUAAGAAUUUGUUAGAAGAGCAACAACAUUUACGACAAAAAUACGAUGAGAUUUUGAAAAAAAAUACCGAAGUAACAGCAAGAAAUAAUGAUCUGAAACAAAAUAUACAUAAAUUCCAUUCGGCAAUUCUUAGUGCAUGUCCUACUAAAAAUUUGCCAAAUAUAGAAGAUUUAGGUAAACCCAUCACUAGUAGAACACCACAGCCUAUGAUGGUACCAACAGCAGCUGCCCUCAAAAUGGGCGUUGGAUUUCCAUUGAAAAAUAUCCCUUUAGGUAGAACAGAUAGGGUGUUGAGCAGUCACGCAAAUAAAGAUCCUUUACUUUUAAAUGAAUGUGGAACAUGUCGACAACGUAGAGAUCAACAUCUUUUAGCAAAAUGUGAUACAUGUCAUUUAUACUACCAUCUAGAUUGUCUUAAUCCACCUCUCAGUCGUUUACCUAAAAAAUCAAAACUGUAUGGUUGGCAGUGUUCUGAAUGUGAUAAAACAUCAGAUUCAGAAGUUGAAGAAUUGAAAACACCCAGACGAAGUAGAAGUAUUUACAGUAAUAGAGAAAGUAAAUCAGAUCAGGAUAUAUCAUCACCGCCAAAAUUAAAGAUUAAACCAGUUGAUUCUAAUGAGGAAGAAAAUGAUAAUGGAAUAUCACAAUCUGAUGAACAAAUACCUCAGGGAAGACCAAAUAUUUCGAAUCUGAUUACAGAGUUGUCUGAAAUGAAUGGUGUUCAAAUAGUUGUUGAUAAUGGGUAUGAGGGAAGCCAUAAGUCUGCCAAAAAGCGUCGAAGAGAAAAACAUAGAAACAGAAACUCAGAUUCACCAGAUGUUAAUAGAGAACACAAAAGGAAAAGAAAGAAAAAAUGUUUAGAAAUCCAAGAGACGUUACCUCACCCACGAAUUACAAUUAAGAUCAAACCAAUUCCUCUGCCAGCUGGAGAAGUUGCAUCUGAAUCUAACCCUCAAUGUUUUUAUGUACCAAACGAGGCAGAUGACAAUGCGCCUCCACCAUUUUCUUCUCCAAAAGCAGCUAAGAUAGAAAAAAGAGAAAUGAGGAAAAGUAGAAGUCCCAGAAUAUCAGAUUCCGGAAAAUUUCAGGAUAAACAAAAACCAUCUGUUAUUAAAUUAUCGAAGAAACCAGUCGGCGGAAAUAUUUGUGAUGUUUGUCAAGGGGACGGAUCACACAGUAAUUCUGUCAAAUGUGAUGAAUGUCAGAAAAAUUAUCAUUUCGCUUGUUUGGAUCCCCCUCUUAAGAAAACUCCAAAAAUAAGAGGUUAUUCUUGGCAUUGUGCUGAUUGUGAUCCAACGGGAUCUGAGUAGUGUGGCGGAUAUUUUGAAUGAUUACACUUGCUGUUUAAUUAUAUUCAUAGAAAUACAUAAAUCUGAAAAUG